GUCCCUGCCUGGUGACUUGGGGGCUUUUCGUCCAACUUUGACCUGAGGAUGGCAUCUGUUAUCAUUAGAUUCGGGCUAUUAGCCAACAUUCUGAGUGUCUUCCAAGUUACUCACGCGCUGACUCUGAACGUCUCAACUACUGGUGGCAAUGCGUCGAGUCCAAUACUGUACGGUCUUUUAUUUGAGGAUGUAUAUCACUCCGGUGACGGUGGUCUCUACGCCGAAUUGGUCCAAAAUCGCGCAUUCCAAGGCACCACAAUCAAUCUUGACAGCAACAACCAUGUCGAGGGCCCAUUUCAAAAUCUAGAUUACUGGCACUCGAGCGGACCAGAGGUCACAUUAACACUGGACAACCAACAGCCCAGUUUAUCCGAUGCUUUGCCCUAUCACAUGCGAGUGGACGUUGCAAGUGGCUCGGGCAGUGACAAUAAUAACACGGGCUUCUGGAAUGAAGGAUUCUGGGGUAUGAAUAUAACUACUGCCACCCGGUAUGCUGCCAACUUUUACCUUCGAGGCGACUAUGAAGGCGAUAUCGUGUGUGCGUUUUGGAGCAAUACGACAAAUUCCAUGCUUGGGAAUACGACGUUUACGGGUAUAUCCCAGACGGAUUCUGAUGGUUGGAAACUGUAUCAACAAACCUUCACCCCAUUUGCUUCUGGGCCGGAUGAAAAGAAUACUUUUCAUUUGACAUUCGAUGGAACUGCUGUUGCUGGCAGUAAUCUUCGUUUCAAUAUGAUUAGUGUUUUCCAGCAAACCUGGAAAAAUGGGAACAACGGGUUGAGAAUGGAUCUUGCAGAGGCUAUGAAUGAUAUCGGGGGGAAAUAUCUUCGGAUGCCGGGUGGGAAUAACCUCGAGGGACAGUCGUCACCAUAUAGAUGGAAAUGGAAUGAGACUAUUGGUUCUAUUAUUGAUCGCCCUGGGUUCCCGGGGACUUGGGGAUACUAUAACACGAAUGGGUUAGGACUGCUGGAGAUGAUGCAGUGGUGUAUUGACAUGGGCCUGGAGACCAUUCUCGGCGUUUGGGGUGGAUAUUAUCUAGACCAUGAAGUCGUUGCAGAGGCGGAUCUACAGCCGUAUAUUGACGAUGUUCUCAACGAGCUAGAAUUUUUAUUGGGACCAGAAAAUUCUACCUAUGGCUCUUUGCGUGCAUCCUUGGGGUACCCGGACCCAUUCACCAUCAAGUAUGUUGAAAUUGGGAAUGAAGAUUUUUUCGACUCUUCGAACUCCUAUAUCAAUUACCGCUUCUCAAUGUUCUCAGACGCCAUUAAAGCCGCAUACCCAGACAUGAUCAUCAUAUCCUCCAUCUGGUCUGGCUACUUCACUGACCCUGUUCUCCCCAACGGUACAGUGCAAGAUCUACACGAUUAUUUUUCUGCUUCAGAUAUGGUAUCAAAAUUCAAUGGCUACGACAACGCAGACCGCAAUUAUCCUGUCCUUGUCGGUGAAUACGCCGCUAUAUACGACGAUGAACACACAAAUCCUAACCAACUCGAUAACCCAACCCUACAAUCUGCAACUUCCGAGGCGGUUUAUAUCUUGGGACUAGAACGGAAUUCAGAUCUUGUUGUUGGAUUUUCACAUGGUGCGCUUAUUAAAAGUCUGCAUGAUGAGCCAGAUAAUGUGGCAAUGAUGAAGCACUCACCUACAGAAAUCGUCUUAUCGAUGAGUUACUACGUUGCGAAGUUAUUCGCAACGAACUACGGCUCACAAACAGUUCCUGUUACGGCGGACACUGGGUAUGGACCGCUGUACUGGUCUGUUAUGAAGAAUGAAUCUGAAACGUAUUUUGUGAAGAUCGUGAAUUAUGAUGGCGUGGACUCGACACCCGUGAUGGUGAAUAUUCCGGGAAAAUCAAAUGAGGCCAAGUUGAUCACCUUGACAGCUCCGGAUAUGUAUAGCUCAAACUUGCCGGGGAAUACAACGAGUAUAUGGACAGAGACGACGAACAAGAAACUCCGAGGUGGGAAAAUUGUGGGUGCUAGAAACGACUGGUAG